GUCGGUCUUUUUCACUCCGGCAGGGACACCGUGCACCCAGCGAGAGAGAUUCACCAUGGCCCAAGCACUGAAUUGCACACCUUUCAUGUUGGGUUUUAUUUAUGUAUCGUUGCUGUUUACCAGUGUGCUUUGCGACGCGGACGCAGAAGAAGAUGAACAUGCCAAGCACACGUACACGGUGGAUAUGUUCAAUGAUGCGGUGCCCACUGCGCCCCACUUUGUCAUGUUUUACGCCCCAUGGUGCGGCCAUUGCAAGAAGUUACAGCCAUCAUGGAAUGAACUGGCAGACAAAUACAACAACAUGGAGAAGCCCCCAGUGUAUGUGGUAAAAGUAGACUGUGUCCUGGACACCAAGUUCUGCUCCAAUGUCCACAAGGUUAAGGGCUACCCCACGCUAAUGCUGUUCAAGCCAGACCAGGAGGCAAUCAAGUACCAGGGGACCAGAGAUCUGAAUUCUCUGGAGACUUGGAUGUUGAAGACACUCCAGGAGGAGCCUUCAGAACCAGAGAGUGAACAGGAGCCUCCUAAAGCCCCAGAGCCCAAACAGGGCCUGUAUGACCUGACUGCUCUCAACUUUAAAGCCCACAUAGCCGAAGGUGCCCAUUUUGUUACAUUCUUUGCCCCAUGGUGCGGUCACUGCAAAGCUAUUGCCCCAAUCUGGGAGCAGCUGGCCACCAGCUUUGAGCACUCUGAUGAUGUCAAGAUAGGAAAGGUGGACUGUACACAGCAGUAUGAAGCAUGCUCUGAGAACGGCGUUCGUGGAUAUCCCACUCUGCUCUUCUUCAACAAUGGACAAAAGACCGAUCAGUACAAAGGAAAAAGGGACCUGGACUCCUUUAAAGACUUUGUGGACAACCAACUGAAGGCUGCUGUCGCUCAGGAACCAGAACAAGAGCCAAGCGAAGAGCCAAGCGAAGAACCAAACGCAAACGAGAUCCCCACCGAUGAGCCAGCCAGAGAGGAGAUACCGUCCGGUGUUCUGGACCUCACAGAGGCUAACUUUGACGCGACGGUGGCCAGGGGCCUCACCCUCAUCAAGUUCUACGCUCCAUGGUGUGGCCACUGUAAGAACCUCGCACCGACGUGGGAGGAUCUUUCCAAGAAGGAGUUUUCCGGCCUGACUGACGUCAAGAUAGCCAAAGUGGACUGCACUGUUGAGCGCACACUCUGCAACAAGUACUCUGUUCGAGGUUACCCCACCUUGAUCAUCUUCAGGGCGGGGGAGCAGGGUGACGAGCAUCAUGGGGGGCGGGACCUUGAGAGCCUGCACAGCUUUGUGAUGAAGCAGGCCAGAGACGAGCUGUAGUCACUGUCCAGCACUCCGCUCGUCCACACUGUGUCUCUGGCCGGUAGGACACCACCCUCUACUCCGGCGGCCAACCCGCUCUCCUUUGCUCCACUCGGGUUCUCUUCAGGAAGGAGUCAGCCAAUCAUGGGAUGACUCAUCAGUGUUCGUUUGGGAUGUGAAUAUUUUUUUCAUUGCUGUUGCCAAACCUUAAAUCUCAAUGGAAAAUACGAUCCUCUUGGUUGGGUCUGCAAAUUAAGAAAUAUGUCGGACAACCACUUUGCUAGCACCGCUCAAUCAGAACCACUCAGAUAAAAGGUCUCUUUAUCAAAUUGGUCGCACUAAAAGGUGUUUCUGAUGAACCUCUGUAGCCAUUUGACUUUUUUAAAUGCAGAAUGUUAUACGUGGGAUUUGUUGUUAAGUUACAAGCCAUUAAUGUUGAGUUACUGUCGGUCAGAAGUUCCUGAAUUUCCUGUCAGCCAGAUGUGAAGUUGCGGGUCCUUUCUCUCCAUGCCAGAGAUGGCCGGUCUGACUCGGGGAAACUCCUGCCGACUGGAAGAAGUUGUGAAGGGGAAUGAUUGUUAUCACAGAUCUGAUCAUCGAGAGGUUUUUUUUUCUUGAUGAGGAUUUAGAAUCUUUUGGAAAGAAGAUAAAUUAGCGAGGCGUGGUAAACUGAACAUCACAAUUAUACUUCUUUUUCUGACUCCGGUGAUCUCAAUCAGCCAUCCAUCUCUGCUCCUCCUAGAUCUACAUGUUUGUGGUCUGGACCGUUUUGCCCCAUAUCUCCGCUAGUGAACAUCUUUAGUUACUGCUGCUACCAUCUCUAAAUUCAUCUUCAAAUGUAGUGCACCCAAUAUGAAUGUAAAGUGUCUGCAGUAUAUUUCUCAGGCUACGUCCAAAGGAAGCAGUAAGUGGAGCAGGAAAAGACGGUUGGUGUUGCAGGUAACCGUGCUGAGCCUCCACCUUGGAGACACUCGACUGUCAUUCACAAGACUUUAUGAUCUUUUCCAGGAAGUAAUGUUUCGUCAGCGCUUUGACAACCUUGCCUCCGGUGGAUAUUUUUGCAACGAUACUUUCGAGGGCCUGAAAACGAACAACAGCUCCGGGUCAGGUGGGCGGACUCAUCGCCCUUCUGACCACUAUUGUGAUCUCGUCUUACCCGAGUGGCUGAACCAGCUUGAGUCUAUAUAAUUAGCUUUCCUGCUCCCAGAUAUUGUUUCCAGAUGUAAAUUAUCUAAUUUGGCCAAUGAUGCUGUGAAGCCAACAUCUUCAGACCCAAAACUGUGGCCUGAAUACAUAAGUGUACUUUAACUCUGCUGCGUGGAUAGUUGGGAGGCUGUGGUCGUAGGUACAGCGACACUAGCGGCCCGUUUACAGGUGUAACGGACCAGUAAAACUACCUGGCAUUUAUCGAUUUGGAACCAAAAUAAAUCAUAACUUGAUUGUUUAACAUGUUCCACUCUGCCUAUAACCGUUGGUGAGAUGGUUCGAACCGAAAUGUAAACGGUGUCAUAACCAUCAAAACACAAACACAAAUCCAACUUGUCGAAGAUGAAUUGGUGUUUAAAGUUUCAACGGUCGGCGGCCAAGAAGGUGUCACGGAGCUGGUUCCAGGUGCACCUGCGGUUUCUUUCCUGUGACUGACGUCAGCCGCCGGUGAGCCUCACACAGCGCUGUGAGGGUGUCUGCAGCACGAUGCACGCCACCUUGUUAUUGUCUAACCAGGAACACAAACAGUCAGAGACACAGCAGUUUUUUUAGUCUGUAAAGGUUUUUAUGGAUAGCACAUGGUCUAAGGAACUCCAGUGACAGAAGUAUUUUUUUCCUUAUGAAUCAUGGGCUGUGCACACCCAUGGGUUUUGUACAAAAAGUGAAUAAUGGCAAGUUGUAACAUGAGAUUUCAUAAUCAAAAAUUUCAAAAAUAA